AGUCAGAGGGGAGUGGCCUACUUACUAAAGGGGCGGAGCCACGAGGGUGGGCUAUGGGAUCAGGAAAAAAUGGAAAGAGGCCUGAAGGGCGGGGCCUAGACCGCAGAGGGCGCAGCCUUUAGGGGAAGAGGGGCGGAGGCCUGGAGUCAGACGUGGGACCUGGGAGAGGAUGGUGAAGGAGCCUUGGCAGAGAGGAUGGGAGGGCGGAGCUAGGGGUGCCAUUGAAGGGGGGUGGAAAGAUUCUAAUGCUCUGAGGUAGGGUAGGAGCCUGGAUUUGCAGAGGGAUCGAAAAAGGGGGCCGAUAGAAACGAUUCAGAAACUUUUGAAGCACGCGUAGGAGCUCAAACAUUAUGCGGGGCUAAAGCAACUGGGAAUUAUUCAAAUAUGACUAGGUGGGGUCGGAACUCCAGGCGAUGCCAGGUCUGCGAAAAUUAGACAGGUCUGGAGCUGUGUGCUUGAAUCCUGGAUGGGUGGAGCCCGGAAGAGAAAAUAACCGAAGCCCCAGAGAGGAAGAGUCGAACUAAAAAAAGUAAAGAAAAAACAAAUAUAUAUAGCUUUUUGAGACAGGGUCUCGCUCUGUCGCCUAGGCUGGAUGGAGUGCAAUGGUGUGAUCACGGCCUCGACCUUCCGGGCUCAGGUGAUCCUCCCACCUAAGCCAUCCGAGUAGUUGGCAUCACAGGCGCGUUCCACCACGCCCGGUUAAAUUUUAAUUUUUAUAGACACAGGGUCUCGCUAUGUUUCCCAGGCUGGUCUCAAACUCCUGGGCUUAAGCGAUCUGCCUGCCUCGGCCUCCCUAGGUGAUGGGGUUACAGGCAUGAGCCACGCGACCGGCCAAGUAUAGUAUUUACAGGUUUUGAGGCUGGGGACUGUACCACUGAGGUGAGAGGAGCUUGGACUGCGUGUUGUGUAGAGAACACAGAUUCGCCGGGCGCGGUGGCUCAAGCCUGUAAUCCCAGCACUUUGGGAGGCCGAGGCGGGUGGACUGCGAGGUCAAAAGAUCUAGACCAUCCUGGUCAACAUGGUGAAACCCCGUCUCUACUAAAAAUACAAAAAAUUAGCUGGGCAUAGUGGCGCGUGCCUGUAAUCCCAGCUACUCAGGAGGCUGAGGCAGGAGAAUUGCCUGAACCCAGGAGGCGGAGUUGCGGUGAGCCGAGAUCGCGCCAUUGCACUCCAACCGGAGUUAACAAGCACGAAACUCCGUCUCAAAAAAACAAAACAAAACAAAAAAAGAACACAGAUUCUCGAGUUAAUUUCCCUGGAACACCGGUUACUUCUGUGACUCCGUUUCUUCUUCCAUCUGUAAACUGGAGAUGAUGAUGUAUAACUGUGUGACACAUGAUGAGUGCUACUUAUCAGUUUGCUACUGGUACAGUAUUAUCUUUUUUUUUUUCCCUAAUUUGUAGGUACAGGAGAGAGGAGACCCAGAAGUGAAAUUCCUUCUAGUAACCCGCCUAAAGUGCAGGUCAAAGGACAGGAAGGAGAUUUAGGUGAUUUAAAAUCUCACAGCAGAGGGGAUUAAUGGAGCAGGUGUACAGGGUGGAGCCCUCCUGAUCCCAGGGCUGUAGGAUGGCGGCCCUGGCCCGUCAGCUGCAGAGUCUCCUCUGGACCACUUGCAAGAAAAAAGAGAGGGAGGAGGAGGCGGAGGAGGAAGAGGAGAAGGAGUGGGGGCGCAGGGCCCCCGAUGGGUCUCGGUCUCUGCUGACAGCGCCGCGGCGCGCCCAGCGGCCGCACGGGGGUGCCGCGGCGUCGUGGGGCCUGCGCUUUGGGGCGAGCGCAGCGCAGGGCUGGCGCGCGCACAUGGAGGACGCUCACUGCACUUGGCUUUCGUUACCUGGUCUGCCCCCAGGCUGGGCCUUCUUUGCCAUCCUCGACGGCCACGGUGGGGCUCGAGCUGCCCGCUUCGGUGCACGCCACUUGCCAGGCCAUGUGCUCGAGGAGCUGGGCCCGGAGCCUGGCGAGCCCGAGGGCGUGCGCGAGGCGCUGCGCCGAGCCUUCUUGAGCGCCGACGAGCGCCUGCGCUCCCUCUGGCCCCGCGUGGAAACGGGCGGCUCCACGGCCGUGGCAUUACUGGUCUCCCCGCGGUUCCUGUACCUGGCGCACUGCGGUGACUCCCGCGCCGUGCUGAGCCGCGCCGGCGCCGUGGCCUUCAGCACCGAGGACCACCGGCCCCUUCGACCUCGGGAACGCGAGCGCAUCCACGCCGCGGGUGGCACCAUCCGCCGCCGGCGCGUCGAGGGCUCUUUGGCGGUGUCGCGAGCGUUGGGCGACUUUGCCUACAAGCAGGCUCCGGGGAGGCCCCCCGAGCUACAACUCGUUUCUGCGGAGCCUGAGGUGGCCGCAUUGGUACGCCAGGCGGAGGACGAGUUCAUGCUCCUGGCCUCUGAUGGCGUCUGGGACACUAUGUCUGGUGCUGCCCUGGCGGGACUGGUGGCUUCGCGUCUCCGCCUGGGCCUGGCCCCAGAGCUUCUCUGCGCGCAGUUGUUGGACACGUGUCUGUGCAAGGGCAGCCUGGACAACAUGACCUGCAUCCUGGUCUGCUUCACGGGGGCUCCUAGGCCUUCUGAGGAGGCGAUCAGGAGGGAGCUAGCACUGGACGAAGCCCUGGGCCGUAGAAUCGCUGAACUGUGUGCCUCUGCUCAGGAGCUCCCAAGCCUGAACACAGUUUUCAGGACUCUGGCCUUAGAGGACAUCCCAGAUUUACCUCCCGGGGGAGGGCUGGACUGCAAGGCCACUGUCAUCGCUGAAGCUUAUUCUAAGUUCUGCCAGCUCUCAGAAGAGUGCAGAGAGAAGGGGCAGGAUGGGGCUGGGAAGCCCACCGCCACGGAUUUGGGCUCUGCCUUGGACAUGGAGGCCUGACAGCUGUUGUCCUUUAGGGAUCCUUUGCUCCACUGGGGCCUCAACAGAACGAAAGAAGAAAACGGACCCCUUCCACAGCCACAUGUGCCGGCGGAAGGAAGGCAGGCCAGUGUAGGAACCCAACAUGCUUAUUUCUCCUUCUCUUACUUCCCUCUCACAGAUAAGUCUUACGAGAGGGGAAAUUCCACCAUCACCCAGACUAAAAAGAAAAAGCCCCAAACGAAAAAGAAAAUAAAAAGCAACAAAAAAUUCCCCAACCAAAUGUUUUUGAAAUAUUCAGAGCUGAACAGAUUCUGAGAGAUCUCCUAGUCCAAUAACCUCUUUCCUUCUUAUUAUUCAUCUGUUUUUGAGGGGAAGUAGAGUUUUGAUUAUUAAAUUGUAUUUACAUAAGUGAUUCCAAAUACAUUUUCUUGUAAA